AUGGAUAGUGGGAUCGAGUGCACCCUCAGCAAGUUUGCUGAUGACACCAAGAUCUGUGAUGUCGUCAUCAUGCUGAAGGGAAGGGAUGCCAUUCAGAGGGACCUUGACAGGCUUGAGAGGGGCCUAUGUGGACUGCUUGAAGUUCAACAAGGCCAAGUUCGCAGCAAGAGCAAAGCAGCUAAGGCUGGACUGUGUGAGGGAGAUGAGGUGGUGUCUAUCAAUGGCAAGCCUUGCGGAGACUUAACCUAUGCUGAAGUUAUUGUUCUGAUGGAAAGCCUGACUGAUGUCCUGCAAAUGCUUAUCAAGAGAUCCUCCAGUGGAACAAAUGAAACCUUGAAUGCUGAAAGAGAAAAUGGAAAGCAUGAUAACAUAAAAAAUGAGGACUAUAGGGAGAGCACUACACUGCAAAUUAAUGCAACAAAAGAGAUACCCCAUGGAGAUUUAUGCAUCACAGAGAUAUACAGCGAGACUCACCAGGGAGCAGGAGAAAGCAACGUACACUUUUCUGAAAUUAAACAAGAGACCACACAAAGCCACAGAAUCACUCCUAAAGUGAUAGGAACCUCCAAAGUGCUCGUGACAGAUGAGGCUGCUUUCAGAGGGAAGACAGAAGAAAGAAGGCCAGGCACUAUGGUUGAGCUGCAGUUGUCCCUCUCAAAUGAUGGACACAAGGGCAUCAAUGCUCCUGCUGUGACUCUCUUAGGGGCAGAAAAAUGCACCCCUUCAGGAAGAGCACCCAGUGUACAACAAGAUGGGACUAGCCCUGCCAUGGCAAUUCCCCUGAGCGUGAAAGAGGGCAACAUCCAGCGGUCAAACAAAGUAGUCCAGUUUUCUAGUGGCAAAGAGGUCAAGAGGAUCCAAGGUGCAGCUCCAUCUCUUCCCAGGGUGGAGGUGAUCCUAGACUGUUCAGACAGGGAGAAGGAAGCACCCAGGUCUCUAGCUGAAAGGGGGUGUGUUGAUUCUCAAGUGGAAGGAGGGCAGUCGGAAGCACCUCCUUCCCUUCCCUCCUUUGCAAUCUCAUCAGAAGGCAUAGAGCAGGGAGAAGACAACCAGCACUCAGAAAGGGAUCACAGACCUCUCAAGCACAGAGCGAGGCACGCAAGGCUCCGUCGAAGUGAGAGUCUGUCAGAGAAGCAGGUCAAAGAAGCCAAAUCUAAAUGUAAAAGUAUUGCUUUGCUGCUGACGGCAGCUCCCAAUCCCAAUUCCAAGGGGGUGUUGAUGUUCAAGAAGCGUCGUCAAAGGGCGAGGAAAUAUACUUUAGUCAGCUACGGUACUGGGGAGUUGGAACGUGACGAAGAAGAGGGUGAAGAAGGUGAAGGUGAAGAGGGGGACAAAGAAAACACUUUUGAAGUAAGUUUGCUUGCAACAAGUGAGUCAGAAAUAGAUGAAGAUUUCUUCUCUGACAUUGACAAUAACAGCAAGAUUGUGACAUUUGACUGGGACAGUGGUCUACUUGAGGUUGAAAAGAAGACAAAAAGUGGAGACGAGAUGCAGACGCUUCCAGAGAGCACCGGUAAAGGGGCCAUCAUGUUUGCCAAGAGACGGCAGAGGAUGGAUCAGAUCACAGCUGAGCAAGAGGAGAUGAAGACGCACACAGUGCAUACAGAGGAACAACGGGAAGCCUCCACAUUGGAGAACUUCCAGAAAGUAAGCUCUUCAGUCUAUCAAACAAAAGAGGAAGAAAUGUCAAGACGGCAGACCUGUGUGAGCAAAAGCUCACAUCACACAGAUGUGAGUCAGAAUCAUAGCAAAAUGGUACAACAAAAUGGCUUUGGCUUAGCACCGCACACAAACCUCUCUUUUCAGGCUUCUGAAGCUCAAAAAACAGCGUCUUUGAAUAAAAUAGCUAAACCCUUUCCUUCUGGGGUUCAAAACCGAGCAGCUGCACCAUUUUCACCCACAAGAAAUGUCACUAGUCCUCUUUCAGAUAUACCAGCACCACCUCCUUACUGCUCUAUUAGCCCACCCCCUGAGGCAUUUUACAGACCUGUUACAGCUCCUGUAGCCAGCAGAGCUGCCCCAGCUGUGUGGUCACUUACCGAGCCAACAGAACACAUAGCAUCCAGAGAUGAAAGGAUUGCGGUGCCAGCCAAAAGAACUGGGAUACUGCAAGAGGCAAAGAGAAGAAGCACUGCAAAACCUAUGUUCACUUUCAAAGAGGCGCCCAAAGUAAGUCCUAAUCCUGCCCUGUUGUCCCUUGUACACAAUGCAGAGGGCAAAAAAGGUACUGGAGCUGGUUUUGAGUCAGGACCUGAAGAAGACUACCUCAGUUUGGGAGCAGAAGCUUGCAAUUUCAUGCAGACUCAAGCAUCUAAACAAAAGGCCCCUCCUCCUGUUGCUCCAAAGCCUUCACUCAAGGUGUCUCCUACUGCUGGUACCCCAGUUUCACCAGUUUGGUCACCUACAGCCGUGGCUCCUAACAAGGCUCCUCCUUUCCCAGCACCAGCCUCACCUCAGGCAGCAUAUCCUGCACCACUCAAAUCUCCACAGUAUCCUCAUUCUCCCAUCCAUCCUCCAAGUACUCUCAACCUAGCUGGUCCUUUCAAAGGGCCUCAGGCAACCCUAGCAAGUCCAAACCAUACACCCAAGACACCAGUCACACCGAGUGCUGGAGAAACAAAGCCACCCUUUGAGAUGCCACCAGCUAUGAGUGGAAAAGGAGCACAGUUAUUUGCCAGAAGGCACUCUCGAAUGGAGAAGUAUGUGGUAGAUUCAGAGACUGUGCAGGCAAACAUGGCACGAGCCCCAUCUCCGACUCCAUCUUUACCAGCUUCUUGGAAAUACUCAUCUAAUGUCCGAGCACCUCCACCUGUUGCUUAUAAUCCCAUCCACUGCCCAUCUUAUCCUCCUGCCGCUAACAAGCCUUCCUCUAAAUCCACUGCUGCUACCAAAAAUACAAAAAGAAAACCUAAGAAAGGUCUCAAUGCUUUGGAUAUUAUGAAACAUCAACCUUAUCAACUUGAUGCAUCUUUAUUUACUUUUCAACCUCCUAGUACUAAGGAAAGCCUAGCUAUUAAGCAGACAUCAAAGCUAUCCACUUCAAAGCAAGCUCUGCCUUUCAGACCACCUGGUGCUGGCUCUCCUACUAACGCUCGGGCAUCUUCAGUGUACUCUGUGCCAGCCUACAGUUCACAAGCUUCGAUCCAGUCAAAUGCCUCUGUCCCAGUGAAUGAAUCAUAUUCACCUACAGGCUACUCUGCAUUUUCUAAGCCAGAAACCACCACAUCCUCUUCGUUUAUUGCUCCAAGGCCAAAAUUUUCUGCAAAGAAAGUUGGUGUCACUGCACAGGAAAGAAGCAGUGGACGCUCAUUAUCACUUCCUGGGAGACCUUCUUCAUUCAUUUCUCGAGCCAUAUCUCCUACUGCUCCUCUUAUAUUUCAGCCUGUCCCUGAUUACUUCAGCAAGCCAGACACUGCAGCUGACAAGACUGGCAAGAGACUGACACCCUGGGAAGCAGCAGCAAGGUCCCCUCUCGGCCUUGUGGAUGAAGCUUUUGAGCCUCAAAAUAUGCAGGAAUCCAUUGCUGCUAAUGUAGUAUUGGCUGCUCGCAGGAAAACACUUCCUCAGCCACCAGAUGAAUGGAAACAAAAAGUUUCUCAUGAGCCUCCAGCCCCAGGUGGUAGCAUAGCCCUACUAGGAGGGAAGCAAUCGGGUAUUAUAGCAUCCCCCAAAAGCUCCCUGUCUGUCCCAGGUGCCACCACGCAGGCUGGCUCCCAGCAGCAGUAUCCGUACAGCAGUCAACGGUCCAGAACAGAUCCUGAUGUAAUGUCCAUGGAUUCCAGGUCUGACUAUUGCUUGUCAACAGCUGAUUCCAACUACAAUCCACAGCCAAGGGGAUGGAGGCGUCCAACAUGAGCAGCUGAAGGGCUUGGCGCAUUUUGCCUUCUUCCAGCUUCACAAGCCUUAGAUUUGAGUUGGAGAAGGAAAGUUUCUCUCUGGCCUGACCAACUCUGAACUAAAGAAAUGAGGGGACAAAAUUGAAUGGAGCACAGUUUUCACAUAACUGCGGGGCUAGCAGCCUCUAGAAUAGACUCAGUUUUACACCUAACCUAAGAUUGUUCUGUUUGUCAAAAGACAAAAACACACGUUUCUUGGGGGUGAGGGAUGGGAUGAAAGUGGGGCAAUGAAUGCGCUCGAUACAAAAAUCUAGAAAAGAUGUAGAUGGAGACAAUACAAGUGCUUGAAGUUACGUUAAUGUG